UUCCCCGUUGUUAACAUAAGCAGGUAAGCCGCAGAGUAAGCUCCGCCGCCCCUCGCCGUCACCAUGGGUCGUAUGCACAGUCGCGGUAAGGGUAUUUCUGCUUCAGCUCUGCCUUACAAGAGAACCCCACCAAGUUGGCUCAAGAUCUCAUCCCAAGAUGUUGAGGAGAACAUUUGCAAGUUUGCAAAAAAGGGUCUGACCCCAUCUCAGAUUGGUGUCAUUCUUCGUGAUUCUCACGGUAUUGCUCAGGUCAAGAGCGUUACUGGAAGCAAGAUCUUGCGUAUCCUCAAGGCUCAUGGUCUUGCCCCUGAAAUUCCUGAGGAUCUGUAUCACCUCAUCAAGAAGGCUGUUGCUAUUCGUAAGCAUUUGGAGAGGAACAGGAAGGACAAGGAUUCCAAGUUCAGGCUGAUCCUUGUGGAGAGCAGGAUUCACAGGCUUGCUCGCUACUACAAGAAAACCAAGAAGCUCCCACCUGUGUGGAAAUAUGAAUCUACAACUGCCAGCACUCUUGUUGCUUAGGCUUAUAGCAUGAAGGUUGGUGCAGUUUUCAGAAUCUCAUGUCCCUAAUAGCAGUCUGAAUUGCAAGACAUUAUUUUCUCGUUUGUAGUGAGUGGGAUGAGUUCUGAUGUUAGACUUCAUUUAUAGCUUUUAGAAGAUUUUGUUUUCUGGAAAUGAGUCUGAACUUUCUUAUAUGGCUGAAUUUGGUUUCUUUUCUUAUGUUCAUGUACUGCAGUUACCCUUUGGAGCAAGUGACCUUUUAAGUAAUAUUUGAUAUUU